GCCACUUCGCUCGAGACACACGCCGAACAGGUGAUCCAGUCCCACCUGGGCGGCAAAAUAUGAGGAUUUAUCCCGCUUUUAACCAUUCAGGAUACAAUGUUAUCGACGCGUACUGAUUCUGUCUGAAGAGUAACGCACUUCACGCGCUUCCCUUCGGAGUCAUUGGGAAUAUUGGGCGAAUAUGAAAGUGACAGUAUGUUUUGGAAGGACCCGAGUGGUCGUUCCCUGUGGGGAUGGGAAUAUCCAAAUCCACAGUCUUAUUCAGCAAGCGGCGAUGCGAUAUAAAAAAGCCAUAGCCAAGGACGCCGGCUACUGGUUACACGUUCAUCGGUUAGAACAUGGAGACGGGGGCAUUUUGGACUUGGAUGAUAUACUUUGUGAUGUCGCUGAUGACAAAGACAGGCUGGUGGCGGUCUAUGAGGAGCAGGACCCACAUCAUGGAGGUGACGGCACCAGUGCCAGCUCCACGGGAACCCAGAGUCCAGAGCUCUUCAGCGCUGGGGAACUUAACUCGAGUGAGAUCGAGGUCACCCCGUCUGCCCUCAGAAGCAACAUGCCCUUGCGUGUACGCCGUAGCAGUGACCCGGCCCUGGCUGGCCUGCCUGAAGCACAGCUACAACCAGAGGAACCUUCCCGCAAGAACCCAACACGCUGGUCCACCACUGCAGGGUUCCUCAAAGUCAACACCAACAGCGGAACCAAUAGCUUAGAACGAAAGGGUAAGGCUCUGGAUACUUACCGCAGCCUUCCUCGUGAUUCCAGCGCCUGGGCCGCCCAGUUUCAGAGGGAAAACGCUCGCUCCUCUCUCAGCGCCAACCAUCCUUUAGUGGACCGAUGGCUUGAGCAUCAAGAACAGGAGGAUGAAGAAGAGGUGGAGAGAACAGACAAAGGGAAGAACGGAAGGAUCGAGCCAGUGGGACGGGCAGAUUCCAGCGCUGAAUCAGCCUCGCUUGAGCAAAUGUUAAAGCUGGUUGAGGUGUCCAACGUCGGCGGGCCACUAGGAAUCCAUGUGGUGCCUUUCAGCAUUAAAGAUAAAAGGACGCUGGGUUUGUUAGUCAAGAGGCUGGAGAGGGGCGGAAAGUCAGAGCGCGAAGCUCUGUUCCAGGAGAACGACUGUAUCGUCCGGAUUAAUAACGCAGACCUGCGCAACAUCCGAUUUGAACAUGCCCAGAAUUUGUUCAGACAAUCAAUGCGUUCUCCGCGUAUCCUGUUCCACGUAGUCCCAGCGCUGAAUAAACCUCAAUAUGAGAUGUUUUCUCACAAUGAACUGGGCCUGCAGUCUGGUUCUGAUCCUGGUGACAGAGGUAGUGUGGUGGGAGGAGCUAUGGAGUACAGUCCAAGGAGGAUGUCUGAAGCAGAGUCGAACCUGGGGUAUCCCACGUUACCGCACCUGGCAAGAAGGACUCCACCGGUGCCCAUCCAUCCCACCAGGCCUACGAGCGCCGCCUCUUCUGUGGGUUUCUCCAAAAAGAUUGGACGCAGGUUGAAUGUGCUGCUGAGUAAAGGUCCCGAGGGGCUGGGUUUUAGUAUCACUUCCAGAGACGUCCCAAUUGGCAGUUCCGCCCCCAUAUAUGUGAAAAAUAUUCUCCCCCGUGGAGCCGCCAUCCAGGAUGGACAACUGAAAGCCGGAGACCGGCUGCUAGAGGUCAACGGAGUUGAUCUAAAUGGAAAGACUCAGGAAGAGGUUGUCUCCCUGUUGCGCUCGACCCCCAUGGGUGGCACUGUAGGUCUGCUCAUCAUCAGGCAAGAGGAUGCUUUUCUACCCCGUGAAGUAAAAGAAGAACACGAUGACUUUAUCUUAACCCCAGAUGGAACAAGAGAGUUCAUGACCUUCGAAAUUCCUCUCAACGACUCGGGCUCGGCUGGAUUAGGGGUCAGCGUCAAGGGCAACCGAUCCAAAGAGUCCCACGAUGACCUGGGUAUUUUCGUCAAGUCUAUAAUCACUGGAGGGGCUGCCUGCAAGGACGGCCGAUUGAGGGUCAAUGACCAGCUCAUAGCCAUCAAUGGAGAGUCUCUGUUGGAAAAAACUAACCAGGAAGCAAUGGAGACCCUUCGCAAGUCCAUGUCCGUAGAGGGCAACAAAAGAGGCAUGAUCCAGCUGAUAGUGGCCCGGCAGGUCAUAGGAAUAGGAGAGCAAUCUCCAGGUAGUUCACCUGUGCCAAGUUUGCCUUUGAACUCUCCACUUGAUGAACAUGAGCGACGGAUCUCUCAGUCUCACUAUCCUGGAGAGAGUUUGGAUGACAACCGCAGCCCAGGACAUAACAUGAUGGGUAGAAUGAUGGGUAACUACCAGCUGUCCCCCACCGUGAACAUGCCAAGAGAUGACACCGUCAUCAUUGAAGAUGAUAGGCCACCUGUUCUUCCUGCCCGCAUGUCUGACCAAUCAUCAUCGAGCUCACACGAUGACAUGGGAUUCGUGACAGAGAUGUCUGACUGGCCCAAAGAUGUCCAGAUACAGGAAGAGAGCUCACUCAGUCCUGACGCAGAUAUGGACGACAUGUUUCUCCGGGAGGGCUUCGGUCGGCAAAGCAUGUCGGAAAAGCGAACCAAACAAUACGCAGAUGCUGCUCAACUAGACUUGAUCAAGAAUCGCAAAUCGAAGAGUAUGGACCUAGUAGCCGACGAGUUUAACCUCACACCCCGCAAAGAGACGAUAGAAGGCAACUCAACGCGAGACGUUGGACCGUCGUUGGGCCUAAAGAAGUCUAGUUCCUUGGAGAGCCUCCAAACAGCUGUUGCCGAGGCUACGCUCAACGGAGACGUCCCUUUCCACAGGCCCCGCCCCAGAAUCAUCAGGGGAAGGGGAUGCAACGAGAGCUUUCGGGCGGCCAUCGACAAAUCAUACGACAAGCCAGGUGUGAUUAUAGUCAAUAAUGAUGAAGACGACGAGGGCAUGGAGACACUUGAGGAAGACACAGAAGAAAGCUCGCGAUCGGGCCGCGACUCCAUUUCCACGGCAACCGACCUCAGCCUUCCGCCCGGCGCGGAGAAACAAGUGAACGGGGGACUUAACAAAGACGACAGAAAGAAGGAGCGAGGAGGGAAGGACAAAAAAGACAAGACUAAGGCCAAGAAAGGCGUGCUGAAAGGAAUCGGUGACAUGUUCAGGUUUGGCAAAAACAGAAAAGACGAGAGGCAAGGCGACAGGAUCGAGCGCAAGGGCUCCAGCAAGAGCAAGAUGGAGGAAACUCAGGUCACCGAAGAGGAAACGCUGAGAAUGAGACUAGAGCAAGAGAGGAUUCAAGCUAAGACCCGAGAGCUUCGAGAGCGACAGGCCAAGGAUCAAGACUAUGCUGAGAUCCAGGACAUCAGAAGCUUCAGUUCGGAAGAGGAGCACACCUACGCAGGGAUCGGCUCUCUGGACUCUUCUCUGAACAGCAGUCUGGAUCUGAGUCAGAAUCUUCCAGCUCCGGAAAGCCCCAGAGACCAACCCCUGCCCUUAGAAUCUCUCUAUGCCCAGGUCAACAAGCCCCGCAAUGGACGGACACCCUCCACAGACAGCAACAGACUGGCGCCUAGCAACCAUGACCGGAUACAGCAGUUACGACAAGAGUUCCAACAAGCCAAGCAUGAGGAAGACCCCAAUGACCGGCGUCGUAGCUACAGCUUUCAGCAGCAGUCGUGGGCCAGUGCAGGGUCUUACGGACCCACUGGACGCCACUCGGUUUCUGUGGAGACCCAAGUGCAGAGACAGAGAGAGGACUCCUUCACACAAGCCCAGAGGCAAUACAAUUCCUUACCACGGCAACCUCGUAAAAAACCCAGUACAGUAUCUCAAGACUCGUGGGAUAAAGUCUACCCUCCUGGCGAGGGAUUUCAGACCGCCAAAGAAAACCCACGCUACUCCAGUUACCAGGGAUCCCGCAAUACCAAUGGCUACCUAGGCGCCGUCUCCACGGGCAUGAACGCUCGUGUACUCCUGGAGACCCAAGAGCUCUUGAGACAGGAGCAGAGACGAAAGGAGCAGGAGGCGAAAACCAAGCUCCCCACUAUGCAGGAGACACCAAGCCAGCUACAGACCUCCGCUCCCACCACACCAAAAGGACCGUAUCGACAAGAUGUGCCCCCGUCGCCCACUCAACUCGCUCGGCUCAACCGCUUACAGACCCCUGAGAAGGGCCGUCCUUUCUACUCCUGAGACAAGAGAUCCAAGAAAGACAAACUGUAUCACAGCAAUAACGUGUGUGGAGAGACGAAACUGACUAGCUGGAGGAUUCUGGGUAAUUGGUUGUCAUUUUUGAACCCUGGUUCUUGUUUUCUAUCGUUUAUAUGAAUUGAAAUUUGUACACACUGAAGAUCUUUGUCUGCCAUUCAUCUCCAGUCCUCGCCUUUGACAGGUGUAUGCGUUGGUCUUGAAUACAUUGGUCUUAUGACACUUGGUGGGGCCUUGGCUUGACAUGACAGCCUGCCUGAGGCUUUGAUGCAUGACUGUUCCCACAGUAUUGUGACCUACAUAUCAUGGGUUUUAGCAAGUAUCCAUGAAUCGCAUGCAACCUGUCAAGAGCCGUUCAUACUUCACUCCAAAAAUAAUACUCACAAUACUGUUCAGGAGUUUUGAAACACAAGGAUGAAGGCGUAAAUGUUGUAAAUCAUGCUUGUAGACAAAAGUGCCAACAUGAAUGAAAGUGAUUCACUUUUUCUUUGAAAAGGAUGGGUUACACCAUAUACAAAAGAAAAACAGCCAAUAAGAGCCCAUAAUGGAUGAAAAUUCCUUCAAUGUUGUUUAAAUAAAGCUUCUCAGACUUCAGAGAUAAUUCACUAGAAUAUGAAUAAAAAAAGUAUUUUAUUUUAUAAUAUAUAUAUUUUUUUAUUAUAUUUAUAGUGAUUUAACAACAUUUGUUGGGACAGGGAAGCGGGUUCAGCAAAAGACUUGUGAAGGGAAGUGAACUCGGGUCGCCGUGACCGCAUUGGCCCAAACCACAGGUCUGUCGACAAAAAAACUUUUUCAAAACUUUUGAACAGUAAAAUGACACAAAAAAAUAAUCAAUGAAAUUUCACUUGUGAAGUUUCUUUUUUGCAUAAUUUUCUUGUUACUAUUUUACAGUUAAUAUUACUGUAAUCAAGUUUUCUUUUACUUUUUUUUUAAAUAAGAUGAGUGUAAAUUAACAGGCACUACAACAGAUACUACCGGGAUGUAUAACUACUUAAUAAUUUGAAUGAUAUACUGUAUUAUUAUUGUUUUCACUGUACAGUAAUGACAUUUUGAGGGGAAAAAGAGUAUGUAUCAUGUGUACAGGUGAUGUACGCAGUGUCUAGCUAUACUAGAUGGCCAUAUCAUGACCUCACAACCCCGCAGGUAUCUGCUGCUGAAAUCUCUUUAACCCGUCAUACAUCUCACUUGCACAUCAUGUGACACCGCCCACCCACCUCAUUAUCAGUUCUGUCCUCAGCUUGUUCCUCUAUUUUGUGGCAAUCUAAAGAUCUCAUCCUGUCUAAUGGUCAUCUAUCCCAGCCCUGGAAUUUACCAUUUGUGGUGAUUAAGUAAAAAAAAAUGUAUAAUUGGUUAAAAAGUUUCCUAGUUUAAACUGUAAGCAAGCUUGACGUUUAAUUGUUUUGAUUUUGUCCCUUUAAAUAACAUGCACUGAUGAGACUAGUGAGGCCAUUAGCGUAUGUAUAUUAAAGUAACCAGAGUCAAUUUAACCGCUUAUGUAUUUGUGAUUUACAGUAUAGUGUGCUCAAGUGUCUCAUUGCUUUUAGACACAUCAAGCAUGGAUGUGACUCUCUGACCUUAUUCCCAAUACAAACUGUCUUUGGUUUCAGUGACACAGAUGCCAGAUCUGUUCCACUAUUUCAUAUAUCGUGCAGGUAAAUGGGCAGUUGCUCGCGCACAUGUUCCACAAUAAGCUCAGGUUACAGCUCGACCGCCAGUAGCCACGGAUACUUUAUAAACCUGUUUAAAGGAAUAGCUCACCUAAUAAUUUAACAUCUGUCAUCAUUCGCUCAAUUUCAUUAUAAAGGUGAAAGAUCACACGCUUUUUUACCAUGAAGGGACUGUCGAUAGUUACCAGGCUCGGUCACGCUCCAAAAAAAUCUAAAUAUUAAAAGUCGACCAUAAAAUUGAACUCUUAAAUUUUUUAAUACAAAGAGUUACAUUUAAAACAGGUUUUUUCAAACUUUGUGCAUCUGAGCACAGAUUCACAAAACUGUUCUUAAAGGAGCCGUAUGUAAUAUUGACACGUAGCGGUGCAAAUACAAAAUAUCAAGGGGUUGCCAGACACUUACAGGAGCGUAAUGGAAAGCAUCAAGUCUUGCAAACACUAAGUUUAUCUGAUCAUUAAUAAGUUUGCAGUGGUUUUGUUGUUUGCAAGUUUAACUCAAUCAGCAGCUGGUUUCAGAGAUUGCGUCCUCCAGUGGUCGCAUUUACGGGCCAUAUUGCUCUCGUUUUCAUAACUGUAAUAAGAUUGUAUAUUACUCUUCGUAAGUUGAAAAAUAAUAUAGUUAUUCUUUCUAAGUUUGCAACGUAAUUGUACCGGAAAGGGAGGAAUCUGCUCUGACCCAGAUUGUUUGUUUGCUGCAAUAUGCUGUGAUUGUUGGCAACUGGCAACCAAGCUGUUGAAAUACACUAGUGGGUAAAUCGUGGGCGGGGUCACACAAAAUAAAACUAAAACAGACAUUAUGUGGCCUCAUCUAUAAAAUGUACGUACGCACAGAUUUGAUCGUAAAGAGUGAAAAUUAAUGGAAAACGUCCGUAUUUAUAGAAACGAUCUUUGACCUGGAAAAGUUCUUAGCGCCACAUCAGGGUCUGAGCAGACGUACGCACUUUUGCUUGUCCGAGUGCUGGAGGUUUUUGGAAAUAUAAGUCAUUGUUACCGCUUGUUUAUAAUUUGGACGUUGUCAGGUGCUUUUUCAUAUAUCAAUGACAGUAUUUAGACAUCAUUAAAAGAUGGAAAUCUGAAACUGUUCAGCUGCGCAAAAUUUCACGAUCAUUUGCGAUUUAUAGAUUUCACAUCUGAUGUGGAGGCGUACACACGUUUUCUGUGCGUACGUUCGUUCUAUGAAUUACAUGUACGCACUUUGAGAAAUGGUCGUAAAGUCCCAUUUACAACAUUUUAUAAAUGAGGAACCCGGCACGGAAUACACAUUUCAGAGUGGAAUAACUGGCUAUAGCAUUUUUUUUUGUACAAACCAAUCAAUGAACUUAAUAUGUUCGUAGACAUUUAGGAAGCAUGCUAAGGUAUUGUUUUCAUUUAAUACAGUAAAAUUAUUUCAUACAGCUUCUUUAAGACACAUUUAUAGGAAGUUUGUAAGAAUGUUCCUUCUAAAGAAGUUUUCAAAAAAAAUCUUAAACACUUAAUUUUUGUGAUUCCAGCCCCUGGACAACACAAUGACCUCAAAUGGCAUUGACUGUGGUGUGUCAUAAAUAGAAAAGUUGAAUCAAGGCAGUGAGCAAGAUUUUUACCAAACAACUUCUUAAAUUAGACUACGUCUGGACUUUUAUGGUGUUUUUAUUUUGGAGCUUGGCAAAAAAGAAGAAAGGUUUGAACAUAAUUCAAAGCAUAUCCUUUGGAGUUGUUAUAAAACAGUAACGCAGUCCUUCAACACAUUUGAAUUUCAUUUUUGGCCGAACUGUUCCUUUAAAUUCAGGUUUUUUUAACUAUUAAUUCAGAAAUCUAACAAAUGUGACUUUUGAUAUCCGUUUGUACAGUAUGUGUGUUUGUGUGUGGGUUUUGUAUGAGAUUGUGUAUCACUAGUGCCUGUAACACAAGUCCCUCUUGUCUAUGAACUGUAUCUUGGCAGGAACAUAAAACACUUGGCCACAUUUUCAAGAGCGAAAGCUGAAAAAGUGCAAUAAGCUCUCACAAAAAGGAAGGCCAAGCCCAUUGACCGAUGUACUUUCCUCCAAGUCUCUCAAAGAGAGUUUGGAACACAAGUCCUCCUGGCGUCUCUCUCUGUCUCGCAUCCGUUUAUCGUGGAAACAUUCAGUACGUCUUUUCUGUACACCGAGCAAUGAGGGAAAGCUUCCUGCUCUCUGAGGGUUCGGUACCUCCUCCCUAGACACUUAUCGGUUCUGUGGUACAACAUGAUGUACUCUAGUAUUGAAUCUAUGAACAGAAAGGUGGAAGCUAUUUUUCACAACCUUUUUUACGUGCGUGGUGCUGGCUGCUUAUCUAUUUUAUAUAAGGUUGUAUACGUAAGAUGUUUUUGAUGGGAAGUGCCUGUGUGUGAAAAGGGAUGUUUUUAUAUGUUGAAAAUUAUCGUCGUACAAAUGCACAUAUUUUUACAAUGAAAUGAUUGCUUCUUUUGAUUUUUUCCUCAUGAUCCAGCAUUUGUUUUAAUCAAGGAUUCUGCUAAUCUGCACAUUUUAAUGUAUUUGUAUGAUCUUUGUUUAUGUAUUUCAUAGGUACAAUGGUGUUCUGAUAGCUCCUGUAUGAGUGCAUAUGUUUUUUUACACACAGUUUUUACCUAAUGUGUUCAAAAUGUACACAAAGCUUCUCUGUACAUAUCAAAUCUAUAUUCAAUAAACAGUUUCUUCAUUCUGUUUACAGUAA